UAAAUAGAAUAACCCAAUGUGGCUGCUAGUCUGCACUCUUGGAUCUUAGUUUUCCUCUUAAAUAUUUUUCGCUACUUGAGUUGAGUUUGAUGGAGAUGAUGGUGAGGUCUGUUUGGCUUUUCGUGUUUCCUUUGCUUGUAACAAGUAUUAGGUGGAUUUAUAGGUGGAGGAACCCUAAAUGUAAAGGAACACUGCCUCCAGGUUCGAUGGGACUCCCACUUUUGGGAGAGACCCUCAGUUUACUUGUCACAGCCAAGUCCAUAGACAUCCAUCCUUUUUUUAAGGAAAGAAUGAGUAGGUAUGGUCCACUGUUCAAAACAAGUUUAGCAGGUAGAUCAAUUGUGAUAUCGGCGGAUCCCGAUUUCAAUAGUUUCUUGUUUCAACAAGAAGGUAAACUUGUUGAGGUGUGGUACAUGGAUUCCUUCGCAAAAUUGCUUCGCCAAGAUACUACAGCAGCAAGUGGCUAUGUACACAAAUAUCUGAGGCACCUUGUUUUGAAUCACUUUGGUGUUGAGACUCUUAAACACAGGCUGCUGCCUCAACUAGAACGUGCCAUAAAUCAAAGAUUGCAGGAGUGGGUUAAGCAGCCGGAGGUACAACUCAAAGACCAAACAGCUGCAAUGAUAUUUGAAUUUACUGCGAAGCACAUGCUUAGUUACGAACCCGAAAAAUCCUCAGAUACUAUAGCCCUAAACCUAUCCAACUUCUUGGAGGGACUGAUGGCAUUUCCUAUACGCGUCCCCGGUACUGCUUUCUACAGAUGUAAAAAGAGGCAGCAAAAAGUAAUACAAGUAAUAAGUAAAUUAGUGGAAGAGAGAAUGAAUUCGGGAGAAGGUGGACGAAUUAGCAAAACAGAUUUUCUGGACCAAAUUGUCGAAGACAUGAGGACAGAAUCAUUCUUGACAAAGGAAUUUGCCACUCAUGUUCUCUUUGGAAUCCUCCUGGCUAGCUUUGAGACUGUUUCUUCCACUAUUGCCUUAGCCAUCAAGUAUUUAUCCGACCAUCCUUCUUUACUACAACAACUUACGGAGGAGCAUGAGCAGAUUCUUAAUAAGAAAAGAAGAGAUUGUAAUCCUGGACUUGAAGAUGGACUUGAAUGGGAGGAUUACAAAUCCAUGCAUUUUACUAAUAACGUCAUCAAUGAGUCGCUUAGAUUAGCAAAUGUUGCUCCAGGGAUCUUAAGAAGGGUUAUAAAAGACAUUCAUGUCAAUGGGUACAUAAUACCACAAGGUUGGGCUAUCAUGGUUGUGCCUGCAGCCCUACAGCUUAAUCCUGAGGCUUUCGAAGAUCCUCUUACCUUCAACCCUUCAAGAUGGAAGAACAUUGGAAGCAAUGCGACGGCAAAGAAUUUCAUGGCAUUUGGAGGAGGCAAUAGGACAUGUGCGGGAGCAGAGUUCAGCAAGGUCCUGAUGGCUAUAUUUUUACACGUUUUGGUAACCAAGUACAGGUGGAAAAAGAUGAAGGGGGGAGAUGUGGUUCGUGCACCCACUCUGGGAUUUGCCAACGGUUUCACCAUAAGUGUUUUGGAAAAGGAAGCGUAGCUUGUUACGCUCAGAUGUUGAAGAAUAAGGUUGACGCGCUGGAUUUGUCUUCAAUCCCAACUUCUGUGUUCCUACUUUCUGUCUCAUGUACGGUACUCAACUCCAUGAUUAUUGUAUACUUAUCAACACUUACCGUUAAUUUUCACCAUGUAAUAAUCCUUCGCUAUAAAUAAUAAAUGUGACGUCAAAGAA